UCACACCUGCCAUCGUCGGGCUAGCCUCUCCACCACCAAGCCCACCCCAUCCCACCCCAUCUACCCAUGCUCGUCGCUUACCCUAAAAAAAUGUCAAUCCCACCAAAGUACCCUUCACUCACACCUGCCACCGCCGAGCUAGCCUCUCCACCACUAGGCCCACCCCAUUUGCCCGUGCUCGUCACCUUUCCACCACCAGGUCCACCCUAUCUACCAUUUGGCCCACCAUCUCUACUCAUUCCCUUCCCACAACUGGGUCCACCUUAUCUACCCUUUAGCCCACCAUCUUUGCCUAUCGCCCCACACUAUCCUCCUUCUCUAAUCGAUCCACGGCCAGUACUCGGAGGAUGGUUUGCAACAUCAAAGGAGAGAUGGGAGGUUACACUGACAGUUACUAGUCGCUACUUGACCAUGAUCUUACCUCAGGUCUAGGACCAAAACUAUACAUCGACAAAGGUAAUUUAUGAUAUAGAACAAUUUCAGAAUGUGAAUUAAAUCUCUUGCAUAGAUCAUAAUACAAAAGGGAAUUUAUAUUUAUAAAUAGUAUUCUAUGAU